AUGGGUAUUUUAGAAAAGAUUAAGGAUAUCGAGUCUGAAAUGGCCCGUACCCAAAAGAACAAGGCCACAGAGCACCAUCUCGGUAUGCUCAAGGCCAAGUUGGCCCGUCUUAGACAACAACUUUUGGAACCACCAAAGUCAUCUGGUAAAACUGGUGAAGGUUUCGAAGUAUUGAAAUCUGGUGAUGCUAGAGUUGCUCUUAUUGGUUUCCCAUCUGUAGGUAAAAGUACAAUUCUAUCAAAGUUAACAUCUACACAAUCAGCACAAGCAGAAUAUGAGUUCACAACCUUGACUUGUAUUCCUGGUGUCAUUCAAUAUCACGGUGCCAGAAUCCAGUUACUUGAUACCCCGGGUAUCAUUGAAGGUGCUUCACAAGGUAGAGGUAGAGGUAAACAAGUUAUCUCUGUUGCUAGAACUGCUGAUCUUAUAUUGAUGAUGCUGGACUCUACUAAAGGAGAAAUUCAAAAGAGAUUAUUAGAGGAAGAACUCGAAGCAAUCGGUAUUAGAUUAAAUUCACAACCACCCAAUAUAUAUUUCAAACAAAAGACUGCUGGUGGUGUAAACUUUACUGCAACUGUAGGACUUACAAAGAUUACUGAGAAAUUGGCCAAGUCGAUUCUACAUGAAUACAAAAUUUUCAAUUGCGAUUUAGUGGUUAGAUGUGAUCCAACAGUAGAUGAAUUAAUCGAUGCCAUCGAAGGAAGAAGAUCAUACAUCCGAUGUUUAUAUGUAUACAACAAAGUCGAUCAACUCUCGAUGGAGGAAGUAGACAGAUUGGCCAGACUACCAAACUCUGUCGUUAUCAGUUGUAAUUUAAAUUUGAAUUUGGACUAUCUGUUGGAUAAGAUUUGGGAAUACCUAAGUUUAGUUAGAGUCUACACAAAGAAGAGAGGAGGUAACUAUCAUCAACACUUUGCACCAGAUUUCAAUGAUGCUGUUAUUUUAAGAUCGGGUGCAACAGUGGAACAUGUCUGUGGUUAUCUCCACAAGGAAUUGGCAAAUCAAUUUAAAUAUGGUUUGGUUUGGGGUGUUUCCGCUAAACAUUGUCCACAAAGAGUUGGACUUGCUCAUCCACUGGAAGAUGAAGAUGUCAUUCAAAUCGUCAAGAAAUAG